AUGCUCAUUUCUAAAAUCCUUCUGCAACAAUGCUGGAAGGCAAAAACAGAUUGGGACGAAUCCGUUCCCCACGCGUUACAAAAUGUUUGGCAGUCCUUCUCGGAACAGCUCGCAUUAAUUGAUAAUUUAGAAAUAAAUCGAAAUGUACUGAUAAACGAUGCGAUCAAUGUUCAACUUCACGGAUUUUCCAAUGCCAGCAAGGCCGCUUACGGAGAUUGCAUAUACGGUCGCGUCGCACCACUUGCGGAACAGACUAUGCCUCGUCUAGAAUUAUGCGGAGCAUUAAUGCUCGCUCAACUUUACAACGAAAUACAUGCGAUACUCACGUUUAAGCCUAAUAAGAUCAUAUUUUGGUCGGAUUCCACGAUAGCGUUGUUAUCAUGGUUAAACAAGCAUCCUAGCAAAUUAAAACAAUUCGAAGCAAAUCGAGUACGAGAAAUUCAGAAAGUUAGCGAAGGAAUCGAGUGA